AUGUACCUGAUCACUGUGUUGGGAAACCUGCUCAUCAUCCUGGCUGUCGGCUCAGAUUCCCACCUCCACACACCCAUGUACUUCUUCCUCUUCAACCUGUCCUUGGUAGACAUCUGGCUUACCUCCACCACAGUCCCAAAGAUGCUGGUGAACAUCCAGACAAAAAACAAAGUCAUCACCUAUGAAGGCUGCAUCACCCAGAUGUAUUUUUUUGUACUUUUUGCUGGCUUGGACAACUUUAUCCUGACUGUGAUGGCCUAUGACAGGUAUGUGGCUAUCUGCCACCCACUGCACUACACUGUCAUCAUGAACCCUCGGCUCUGUAGACUGCUAGUUCUGAUAUGCUGGAUCAUGACUGUCUUCUUAUUUUAUGGUACAAUCCUAGGAGUAUAUCUCAGCUCGGCAGCUACCCAGAGCUCACACUCAGUUGCAACAGCCUCGGUGAUGUACACUGUAGUCACACCCAUGCUGAACCCCUUCAUCUACAGUCUCAGGAACAAAGACAUCAAACAGGCUCUGAAAACAUUCUUUAUGAAGGAAACUACAACAGACCAGUUGUCCUAA